UGGAUGGCAUCCUAAUUGUCGAACCCGAACGUCGAAUCGUCCUCAUGUGGCGCCGCUUGCAGCUGACGCGAACGCCGCUUGUCCGCACGUUUGCGGCGACCAACAACGCUGGCGGUGGUACCCCCGGCGACUUUGUCGCGCAUGUCAAGUCGGUCGGCGUGACGCUGCCCAACGGCAAGAAGCUCUUUGAGAACAUCAACCUCGGCUUUCUCAACGGCGCCAAGAUUGGCAUCCUUGGCAGCAACGGAACGGGCAAGUCGUCGCUCAUGAAGGUGCUUGCGGGCGUCACCAAGGAGUUUGAAGGCGAGCGCUGGUGCAAGCCGGGCUUGCGCAUCGGCUACCUUCAGCAGGAGCCGUACCUCGACCCGACCAAGAACGUCUUUGAGAAUGUCAUGGAUGGUAUCAAGGAAACGACGGCGCUCCUCACGCGCUUCGACGAGGUCUCGGUGGCGAUGGGCGAGCCGGACGCUGACUUUGAUAAGCUCCUCGACGAACAAGCGGCGCUGCAAGAACAGAUCGAGGCUUUGGACUGCUGGGAUCUCACGUACGAAGUGGAGCGUGCAAUGGCGGCGCUGCGUGUGCCGGCGGGCGACUCGGACGUGACGGUGCUCUCGGGUGGCGAGCGUCGCCGCGUUGCGCUCUGCCGCCUCCUUUUGGAGAAACCCGACAUUCUGCUUCUGGACGAGCCGACGAACCACUUGGACGCUGAGAGUGUGGCGUGGCUCGAGGCGUAUCUCAAGAACUACAAGGGCACGGUGCUCUCGAUCACGCACGACCGGUACUUCCUCGACAACGUCGCGGGCUGGAUCCUCGAGCUCGAGCGCGGCGCCUACUUUGUUUACGAGGGCAACUACUCGUACUUCUUGGGGCAGAAGAAGAACCGCCUCAACAUGGACAAGCGCCGCGAAGCGAUUCGCGCGCGGCAGCUGGCGCAGGAGCUCGAGUGGGUUCAGACGCACCAGGGCAACAAGAAGGGUUCCAAGGCGCGCCAGAAGCAGAUCGACGAGCUCAAGGGCGACGGUGGCUUCCACACGAUGGACGAAGGGCAGAUUCUAAUUCCGCGCGGCGCCCGCCUCGGCAACAAGGUCAUGACCAUCAACAACGUCUCCAAGACUCUCGAUGGCAAGGUGCUGCUGGACAACGUCAACUUUGAGGUCGAACCCAAGUCGAUUGUGGGGAUUGUCGGGCCCAAUGGCGCGGGCAAGAGUACGCUCUUCAACAUCAUCACAGGCAACCUCGAGCCGGAUGCUGGCAACGUGACGCUCGGCAAGACCGUGUCGCUCGGCUUUGUGUCGCAGUCGCGCGGCGACCUCCGCGGCGUCAACACGGUCUACGAAGAGAUCUCGGGCGACAACGAGUUUGUUGAAGUCAACGGCGAGCGCAUCAACACGCGCGCGUACAUUGCGUCGUUCAACCUCAAGGGCCCGAUGCAGGAAAAGAAGGUCUCGCAACUCAGUGGCGGGGAGCGCAACCGCGUGCACUUGGCCAAGAUGCUCUUGGGCGGUCACAAUGUGAUUUUGCUCGAUGAACCGACCAACGAUCUGGAUGUCGACACGCUGCGGUCGCUCGAGAUGGCGCUCGUCGACUUUGACGGCGUCUCGCUCGUCAUUUCGCACGAUCGGUGGUUCCUCGACCGCAUCGCGACGCACAUUCUGUCGUACGACGGCAGCGGCAAGGCCACGUACUUUAGCGGCAACUACUCGGAGUUUGAAGCCGCGCGGGCCAAGGGCCUUGUCUAAAUGUCCUUCCGCACGCGAUCGAUGGGUAUAAAUGCAUGUAUUAAUACACAAAGGCGUGUGCGCCUGCUAUUUGUACAAGGACCA